AUGGCACAGCAACCUGAAAAGUAUAUAAUUGGUGUAGACCUGGGAGCAACACAAACAACGGUUUGUGUAGUCGAUAAAUUCUCCUUCAAAACAAAAAUUCUUCCAUCACAUUAUAUUCCAAGUAAAACAAAGAGCAUUGAAUUUUUGAAUGAGAAUUGCAAACAGUUCGCGAAACUGGUGUUGGACUUACAAGCAGUUCAUACUACACUGUAUUAUUUAAUCAUCUCUUGUGAAGAUGAAGCUUAUGCGCCUUAUUUUACAACGAUUGCAGAGUACUUGGGGAUCAACACACUCUUUGUACCUUCACAUGUUGCCGUUUCAAUGUUUUAUUUCAACUUCAAGUUGAACCACCCAACUAAACAAAACGUCGCAUUUUUCGAUGUUGGCCAUACGCAUAUAACUCAGUGGUGUGUGUCGUACGAAAACAAUGUUGUUACCAUCGACAGCGUCUUUAAAAAAUCCAUCAACGAGACCACCACGUUCGAAACGGAAUUGGAGAAGUUGAUCAUUCAAAAGUCGGACGACACAAUUUCUCUCGAGCGAAACAAAUUCUUCACCGACUCAGUCAAAGAGGCGGUUCAGAAGGUCAAAAAUUUAUUCCAGUCGAAUGCGCAGUGGUGCGAUUUGUGUAUCGACAACGACAUUACAAUGACUCAGAUCAAAAUCACUGAAACUGAAUUCUAUGAGAUAUAUGAUAAAACAGUGACUGAGAGUGCUGUUGCUCUUAUUGAAGACAUGAACACCAGAAAACUUCAAGGGACGUGUGAUUGUGUUAUUACCGGGCGUGGAGCUGCUCCACUUGGCUUUCAAAAGAUAUUCAAGUCCAACGAGUAUAAACUACUUUUAACAUGUAAGAACGAGCCAACAGUAGCUGCGGGGUGUUGUUUCAUAGGGAGAAUUGUCACAGACCUAAUCGACAAAGAUCAGAAUGCCAUUCGGAUAGUCAAAGUCGAACAGAAAGUCGACAAAGAACGGUUCACUAUAUAUUACAAACAGAAUGGAAUUGACCAGCAAAUGAAGUUUCCAUCUCAAAGUGAGAUGACGCGAUGUGGAGUUUUGCUAUUACAACACUUUGAGUGUGACGGUGGAAUACUACAGGUGGAAGAUAAUGUGACUGGGAGGUCAUACAAAACUUCUGAUGUUGUUCAAAAGUGUUCGAAUAUUGAGAUUUCAAUGGAGAGGGAUUUGUAUCUUCGACAAGGUAUUAAGGAAAGGAGCAUUAAUAACAUCGGGAUGGAUGAGUGGGAUGUGAAUGAUUACAUUUACUUUGAAACAGCGAAUGGCUUUGAAAUUGAAUAUUUAGUCGAAGACGACCCGAUGUUUGACAUCGUUGAAAUCGUCGAAAAUGUUCGGAACGAAAUGCAAGAAGAAGAACAAGAGAAAAAACUGAGGAAUGUGGUUCUAUUUCUUGUAUCGAAAUAUAGAGAGAAGUAUGGGUUCAAAUCACUUGAUAAGUAUAAUAAGAACCAAAAAGCAAUAGACAAUCUGAAUAUCAUAGCUAAUGAAAUUGGAGAAACGAACUUUUCACAAUUUUGCACUGAGUCUUCAAUGCCACAGGAAUACUUUGAAAUACUUUCUGGGCUUGAAGGUGUUGGAAAGCUCCUCAAAAUGAGUUGA